CUGUACACGUUUUUCGCGCAAACAGAAACACAGGAGGGACAUGAAGUUCGCUACAGAUACGUUCAAGAAAAUGGCGACAGCGCCAUUAUAAUUUAAUCGUAUAGUUGGUAGUUCACAUUUAUGUCUAUUUUCAUCGUAUCCUUCACUCAAUAUCACAAUUGAGUGUAUGUUAGUGAUUACAUGACAAAACAUUGGAUCUCAUUAUAUUACUUCGUGUGUUUAAUCUUUGUCGAUUAAACAUAUUUUUAUAUUAAAAUAAAAUUUAUUAUACAUUUAACAAUCAAUAAAUAUUUCAUUGAAGAAGAAAGUACUUAAUACUAUUUUAUUCUAUUAUAAAAAAAUGUAAAUUUCGUUUACAAUUGUGUAUUUGGAAAGCUUGAAUCAUAGAAAGUGAAUAUUUAUUUUUAUGUGUCAAUUUAGUCAUAUUUUAGUAUAAUCGUCGUUCACAUUGAUAUUGUGUCAAAUAACUCGUGCAUCAUUUAUUGCAAUUCCAGUGAUGAAAAACGAAUACAUUUUUAGUUUAUGUUAAUUUGUAAUUACUAUUAAUAUAUUCAUUCUUGAAUGUGCAUUAUACUGUAAUAUUGAGAAACUUUAUGGAUAUAUAGUCUACUUUAUAACAUAUAGUGCAAAUAAAUAAAGCAUUUUAAACAAUACGAAUAUGGAUGAAGAUGACGAUCAAUAUCAAGAAGUUCGUGAUGUAGGUGCGUUUCCUCAAGAUUUUGGAUAUGCACGAUUCGAUGGAGAAACAGAAGGAUCUAUGGAUCCUUUACCUGGGGAACAAAAACCAAGAAUACUUCUAAUGGGUCUCAGAAGGAGUGGAAAAUCAUCAAUACAGAAAGUAGUUUUUCAUAAGAUGUCUCCAAAUGAAACGUUAUUCUUGGAAAGCACAAAUAAGAUUAUUAAAGAUGAUAUAAGUAACUCCAGUUUCGUACAAUUUCAAAUUUGGGAUUUUCCAGGACAAAUUGACUUCUUUGAUCCUACUUUUGACAGUGAUAUGAUAUUUGGUGGUUGUGGAGCAUUAGUUUUUGUUAUUGAUGCUCAAGACGAUUAUAUGGAAGCACUUAAUAAACUUCACUUGACAGUUACAAAAGCGUAUAAAGUUAACCAAGCAAUCAGAUUCGAAGUAUUCAUACAUAAAGUAGAUGGUUUAACUGAUGAUUGUAAAAUGGAAACACAAAGAGACAUACAUACUAGAGCAAAUGAUGACCUUGCAGAUUCUGGAUGUGAUCAGAUACAUUUAAGCUUCCACUUAACAUCCAUAUAUGAUCAUAGUAUUUUUGAGGCAUUUAGCAAAGUUGUUCAAAAAUUAAUACCACAAUUACCAGCCUUAGAAAAUUUACUUAAUAUACUUAUAUCGCAUUCUGCAAUUGAAAAAGCAUUUUUAUUUGAUGUAGUAUCUAAAAUUUAUAUUGCAACUGAUAGUUCUCCUGUAGAUAUGCAAAGUUAUGAAUUGUGUUGUGAUAUGAUUGAUGUUGUUAUCGAUGUAUCCUGCAUAUAUGGUUUGAGAGAAGAUUUAGAAGCUGCAGCAUUUGACAGUCAAAGUUCCAGUCUGAUCAAAUUAAAUAAUGGAACAAUUUUAUAUUUGCGAGAAGUUAAUAAAUUCUUGGCCCUAGUUUGCAUCUUGCGGGAAGACAAUUUUGAUAGACAAGGUGUAAUCGAUUAUAACUUCCUCUGUUUUCGUAAAGCCAUUCAACAAGUGUUUGAACUACGCAAUAAGGCUUUAGCAUCUACAAAUGUUAAUAAUCAUUCGACUCCACCUGUUAACUCGAAUGAAACUUCAAAUGCUCCUACAGUAUCACAAACUGGAACCAUAGGACAAAAUGGUACUGUUGUAAUUGCACAGAGUUAACUUCUGUAUAUAAUAUUUAAAAUUUUUGCAAUAGAAAGUCAGGGUUCUUUCAUAUACAUUUUUUUCACUUUCUUUUUACAUACUAGUAAUAAUGUAUUACACAGUCAUAUUACCAUAACUUAAUUUCAUAAAUACUUAGUUAACACAAUGUUAUUAUUUUAUUACUACUUAUAAGUUUUUUUUAAUAAAACUAUGUUAAAGAACAUAAAUGUAUAUAUGGCACUAUAAUUAUGUUGCUAUUUAUAAAAGUAAA